AUGACCAUCCCACGAGUUCUGGUCAUUGCCGGCUCGGACAGCUCGGGUGGAGCUGGUCUCGAAGCCGACCAAAAGGUCCUUGCAGCUCAUGGCUGCUACGCCAUGACUGCCACGACCGCGUUGACGGCCCAGAACACCUUGGGUGUGGACGACAUUCACAUCACGCCGCCAGCGUUUGUUGGCAAGCAGAUCGACGCGUGUUUGACGGACAUUGGCUCCGAUGCCGUCAAGAUCGGUAUGCUCGCCUCGGCCGACACGAUCAAGGUGGUCGCCGAGGCCCUUCAAAGGCACAAGGCCUCCAACAUCAUCACGGACCCAGUCAUGGUCUCUACCAGCGGCGCGCAGCUCCUCCCCGGCGAUGCCGUACGCAAUCUGCGGGAGAAACUGCUGCCCAUAUCGACGCUGCUGACACCCAACAUCCCCGAAGCGACCCUCCUCCUCCGCGACGCCGAUAUGCAGUAUAAAUCGCCUGUCAACCUCGACGAUCUCACGAUCCUCGCGAAGAUGGUCCACCAGCUCGGCCCGCAGGCAGUCCUCCUCAAGGGCGGCCACAUGCCGCUCACCAAAAGCUACACCAAAGCCACGACCGACGCCGAGAGCGCCCUGACCGUGGACAUUCUCUACGACGGCACCACCUUGACGACCAUCGAAUCUCCCUACCUCACGGUCAAGAACACGCACGGCACAGGCUGCAGCCUCGCCAGCGCCAUCGCAUCGAACCUCGCACUCCAGGUGUCAUCCAGGGCAACCAAGGCAGCGAAGGAAUCCCCAUCGGAGCCGCCAUCCCUCACCGUCGCCCUCCCCCUCGCGACCCGCAAAGCAGUCCACUACGUCUCGUCGGGAAUCAAACUCUCGGACCCGACGCUCGGCCGCGGCGCCGGCCCCAUCAACCACUUCCACAGCCUGCACAUCCUGCCCUUCUCGCCCGGCCACUUCAUCGACACGCACCUGCUGGUGCACCCGAGCGUCCGGGGUCCCUGGCACCGAUACACGCACCACGCCUUCCCGGCGGCCAUGGCGACGGGCACGCUCCCCGAAGGCCUCUUCAAGAACUACCUCGUCCAGGAUUACCUCUACCUCACGCACUUUGCGCGCACGCACGCCCUGGCCGCGUACAAGAGCCGGUCGAUGCCCGCGAUCGCCGCGUCCGCACACAUCAUCCUGCACAUCCAGCGCGAGAUGGCCCUGCACCUGAGCUACUGUGCCGAAUUUGGCAUCUCGCAGGCCGAGCUGGACGAUCCCGCACGCACCACCGAGUCGCUCGCCUGCACGGCGUACAGUCGGUACGUGCUCGACGUGGGCGCCAGCCAGGACUGGUUGGCCCUGCAGAUGGCGUUGGCGCCAUGCUUGCUCGGCUAUGCUGUGACGGCCGCGCGGCUCCACGCCGACCCGGCCAGCGUCAGGGGGACGGACCGCAACCCGUACUGGAGGUGGAUCGAGAAUUAUGUGGCGGAGGAUUAUUGCGAGGCUGUGCGUGUCGGCAGAGAACUUAUCGAGACAAACAUCGUCAAGCAAUCGCCCGCGCGGAUCGAGGAGCUGGUCGCCAUCUUUGUGCGGGCCACGGAGAUGGAAGUCCGGUUCUGGGACUUUGACGCUCACUCCGAGGAGGAGGAGGAGGAGGAAGGUCGGAAACAGGAUGCGUAG